CAGUCGAGGUUCAGAUCAAUGUCUUAGUAAAAAAGUUCAUACUUAAUACUGUGUUUUUGUAAUUUGAUUCCUCUUACAAUGAAGUAUCUAAAAUUAUCAACAGUAAUUGUGUUGAGUAUUUUUGAAAUAAUAUUGAAUACGGAACUAUGUCUGGGGUACAGAAUUUUGGGAAUAUUUCCGCUGAAUGCUAAAAGCCACAUGGUGUUUCACGAACAAGUAUCCAAGGGAUUAGCGCGACGUGGCCAUCAAGUCGAUGUUAUCAGCAUAUUCCCUCAGAAAAAACCAUAUCCUAAUUACACCGACAUCGAAAUUCCGGCAGCGUUGCCUAAGUUUGUUAACAAUAUGACCCAUGAUUUUCUGCAAGAAGUCAAAAAGAGUAACAUCGUACAUUUUAUGUCCACACAUAUGGGCAAUGUCGUUUGCGAAAAAGGGUUAGAAAGUUCAAAUGUACUGAAAAUUAUAAAAAACCCGCCCAAAAAUCCACCAUAUGAUCUCGUUAUCACAGAGGAAAAAAAUGCUAAAGUCAACGUUCAUUCAAGUUCUGAGACCGUGACAGUGGAUAACUUGAAGAUCAAUGUUAUCACUUUAAUAAAAGAAAUAAAUGAGAUAAGGGGAUAUCGUAUUUUGGGAAUUUUCCCCCUUAACAGUAAAAGUCAUAUGGUGUUUUUCGAAGGAGUAAUGAAGGGACUAGCGCGUCGCGGUCAUAAAGUUGAUGUUGUCAGUACAUUUGAUAAAAAAAAUAAUUAUCCUAAUUAUACUGACAUAACGAUACCGGCUGCGUUGCCGAAACUUGUCAAUAAUUUGACUUAUGAUUUUGUAAAAGUCGCUUUCGAAGACAAUAAUAUUGUUCAUUUCAUUGCUGAAAAUACUGGGAAUGUAAUUUGCGAAAAAGGUUUUCAGAAUGAGGAAGUACUUAAUUUGAUUAAUAGUCCGCCUAAUAAUCCGUCUUAUGAUCUCGUGAUUACUGAGCUGUAUCAUGCAGUAGUUUCUCCACUUACACCAUUAUUAGCGAAAAUUAUAAGAAUGAAAGGUUUAAAGUUAUUACUAAUAGUCGCGUUGAGUAUUUUGAUAACAACAAAUUUCGAACAGUGUCUGGGGUACAGAAUUUUGGGAAUUUUUCCUCUGAAUGCUCGAAGCCAUAUGAUGUUUCACGAACAAGUAUCCAAGGGAUUAGCGCGACGCGGUCAUCAAGUUGACGUCAUCAGUACGUUUCCUCAAAAAAAACCUCAUGCUAAUUAUACCGAUCUGCCGAUACCGGCUGCGUUGCAGCAAUUCGUAAAUAAUUUGACCCAUGAAUUCGUUAAGCAAGAGAUGGAGGAUAAUAAUAUUCUGCACUUCGUUUCUGAAAACGCGGGAAAUUUGAUUUGCGAAAAAGGAUUUGAGAACUCAAAUAUACAAAAUAUCAUUAAUAAUCCGCCCAAAAAUCCGCCUUAUGAUCUUGUAAUGGUCGAGAUUUUUGCUGCCCAUUGCUUCAUGGCCUUCGGAUAUCAUCUGAAAGUCCCGGUCGUCGGAUUAAGUUCAUCGGCUUUAUAUCCAUGGAGUAAUGACAUGAUAGCGAAUCCCCCAAAUCUUGCUUUUGUGCCGAAUAAUCUUCUCGAGUAUAUGGAGAAAAUGAACUUCUGGCAACGUCUAUACAACGUCGUCCAUACUUAUUACUACAAAAUGUACUUCAACUACUACACAUCGCCGCAAAAUGACAUGAUAAAAAAAUACUUUGGAGCAGAUGCACCAGGGGUUCGGGAACUGGAACACGAUUUAGCACUUAUUUUAACCAACUCACAUUUGGCGAUAAAUGGUCCAAGACCAACUACGCCAGCACUCGUUGAAGUUGGUGGGCUUCAUAUACAAGACGAUGAUCCAGACAUCCCAGCUGAUCAUUUGAAAUGGCUAAAUGAAAGUAAAGACGGUUUUAUUUACUUUACAUUUGGCUCAAUGAUGCAGAUAGAAUCCUUUCCAAAACCAGUGCUCGAUAUUUUGUACAAAUCCCUCGGAAAAAUAUCGCCGAUAAGAGUUUUCAUGAAAGCGCCGCAUCCGGAAAAACUACCACCGGGUUUGCCGAAAAAUAUACGGACAUUUACAUGGAUGCCGCAAUUGAAAGUAUUAAAGCACAAAAAUAUUCGCGCAUUUAUCACUCAUGGCGGACUUAUGGGCACUCAAGAAGCAAUUUACAGCGCAGUACCGAUGAUUGGCAUGCCACUUUUUGCCGAUCAGUUUAUAAACGUCGAUCUCUAUGUGAGCAAAAAAAUCGCGAUCCGUCUAGAUUACGCGGACAUGACUGAAGACAAAUUGGACGCGGCGUUGCAUGAGAUUUUGCAUAAUCCUCUCUACAGGGAAACGGUGAAGAAGAUUUCAGAUGAAUUUCUAGAUCGACCAAUGACUCCCCUGGACACGGCUUGCUAUUGGAUUGAGUACGUAAUCAAGCAUGGGAAUAAAGCUCUGAGAUCGUCGGCGCUCGACUUGUAUUGGUGGCAAGUUGCUCUUGUUGAUGUUUAUGCCGUACUUAUAAUCACUGCCAUCAUACUUGCGUACGCUGCUAUUGCAAUUAUUAAAUUUAUUUCGAAUUUUAUUUUCCCCUCUACUACUGUUGCGCGCAUUGCAAAAUCAUCUUUGAGAAUUAACAUUCGGAUCAGAGUGAUAUAUAUUUAUUUAUUAAUAUUUAUAAUAAUUCCAACGAAGUCGUACAGAAUAUUGGGAAUAUUUCCCUUCCAAUCGCGAAGCCAUCACAUGAUGUUUGAUGCCAUCGCCAAAGGAUUGGCGAGAAAAGGCCACCAGAUUGAUGUGAUGACAGUCUACCCUCUGAAGAAUCCCCCGGAAAAUUACAGAGUGGUAGUUAACUUAGAGGGCGUCGUAGAAAGUCUUGUUAAUAAAUGGAAUGUUAACUUUGCUGCCAACUUGGGCGAUGAUACGCUGCCUAUUAUUGCGGACUCAUAUGGCAAUGGGUUGUGCGAAUAUUUGGGGCUGCCUGAGGUACAACAGAUCAUUAAGAACCCGCCAAAAGAUCCGCCAUAUGAUCUUGUUAUCGUGGAAUCAUUUGGCGCAAACUGUUUCAUUGGAUUGGGUCAUGCUCUUAAAACACCAGUUAUAAUGGUGAGUUCAACAAUAGAUCUGCCAUGGCUGGACAAAGCAUUAGGCCAACCAGAAAAUACAGCCUUCUUUCCAGCUUUUUUCACCGGAUAUUCCCAUCCCAUGACUUUAAUUCAACGUCUCCAUAAUACCAUCAAGAGCCACAUUAACAAUUUACGCUUCGACUCUUACACUGAAGACGUGCAAAAUUCCCAAAUGAGAAAAUACAUAAGUCCAGAUAUUCCUCCGCUAGCUGAACUGGAAAAAAACGUUGCAUUGGCACUCGUAAAUUCCUUCCACAGUUUAAAUGGAGUGAGACCUCUAACGCCCGGUAUAAUAGAAGUCGCCGGAGUGCACGUACGGGAACAUUAUGUCCCGCUACCUCAGGAGCUUGAAAAAUGGAUGAACGAAAGUACUGCGGGGGUGGUUUACUUCACGCUGGGUUCGAUGGUUAAUAUUGAAACCUUUCCGGAAAGUACAAUCCGCGGUUUUUAUUCAGUGUUUAGUAAACUCGCGCCAGUGAGAGUUCUUAUGAAAAUAGGCAACAAAGAUAAACUACUUCCUGGACUUCCUAAUAAUGUUAAAAUAUCAUCCUGGAUUCCUCAAGUUGCUAUUUUGGCUCACAAAAAUACAAGAGUCUUUAUAACACACGGGGGUUUAAUGGGAUCACAAGAAGCUCUCACUUAUGGAGUUCCAAUGAUAGGAAUUCCUCUUUUCGGAGAUCAAUUUUCCAACAUGGAAUUUUAUAUGAAACAUAAUAUGGCUCUGGUAUUGGAUAUAAAAAAUUUAACAGAGCAAUCUGUUUAUUUUGCACUCGAUCAAAUGCUCAACAAUCCAAAGUUCAAAAAAGCUGCCGCGUUCGAGUCAGCGAGAUUUCUGGAUCGUCCCAUGAGUGCGAUAGACACAGCAGUUUAUUGGACUGAAUAUGCAAUAAGAAAUGGUCCCAGUGCCUUGAGAUCACCGAUCGUAGAUAUGCCAUGGUGGCAAGUCGCUCUACUUGAUGUCUACUUUAUAAUACUCGUAUCUUUUAUCACUGCCGCUAGUUUAAUUGGUUUAAUUUUGUACAUUUUUCUGCGUUAUUUAUUUUCAAAACCGACUUUGAAAAAGCAACCGAAAAAAUUACACAAUAUUACAGUUAAUGUGAGACAAAUAAAGUCACAUGUGUUUAUCUGCUGGUUAAAUAAAAUUUAUUUACUGUUGACUGUCAGAAUGUAUUCAUUAAAAAUAAUUUUUAUCGCGACAGUGGCUAUGGUGUUUUAUGCUCAGCCAACGGAAGCGUUAAGAAUUCUUGGAAUUUUUCCACUUCCCGGUAGAAGUCAUUUCAUUCCCGCGGCACAAUUAUUAAAGGGACUUGCUGCCAAAGGACACAAAGUUGACGUCGUCAGUCAUUUUCCUCUAAGCAAACCUGUGCCUAAUUACACGGACAUCAGUUUGAAAGGAAUGUUACGAAUCGCGACGAAUAACUUGACUUACAAUGACACCAGACAAUUCAAUUCAUUUUCGAUGUAUCAGUUUACUUAUAUGACAGGGAUUGAAGUUUGUGGUUUAUUAAAUCAGCCGGUUUUUGAAAAACUUUUAAAAACUCCCAAAGGUACCUACGAUUUGAUUAUACUCGAGUUAUUUGGCGCGAAUUGUUAUCUUCCAUUCGGUCAACAUCUUGGAGCUCCAGUAGUCGCGAUGGUUGUGUCAAAAAUGCACGAUUGGCUGUACGGACCAUUCGGUGUACCCUUCAACACAGCAUAUACGCCAAGUUUGUUCUCAAGUUUUGACCAGAGUAUGACAUUUCUACAACGACUUCAAAAUACCUUAGUAUCGUCAAUAAUCGUUGCCCAAAUAAAUUACUACAUGGAAAUUCAAAAGACUUAUGUUGAAAAGUACUUUGGUCGCAAGGUCGCGAGCAUCACAGAUUUAUAUGACGAAGUAUCAAUCGUACUUCUUAAUUCACAUCACAGCCUCUAUGACAUAAUACCUACACCACCGGCAAUAAUUGAAGUUGGUGGCCUUCAUGUUCAUGAUGAUCAGCAAGAAUUAUCUCCCGAAAUAAAAAAAUGGCUUGAUGAAAGUAAAGAUGGCUGCGUUUAUUUCACAUUUGGGUCAAUGGUUAGAAUAGAAACAUAUCCAGCAGCAACACUUGAAAUUUUCUACGAAACGUUCAAGAAAAUUGCACCAGUCCGAGUAUUACUAAAGAUAACAGAUCCUAAAUUACUACCCCCCGGAUUACCUAAAAACGUCAUGACGUCGCCUUGGUUACCACAAGUCGCAAUUUUAAAGCACAAGAAUACGAAGGCCUUCAUAACUCAUGGAGGAUUAAUGGGAACGCAGGAAUCGCUGGCUUAUGGAGUUCCUAUGGUCGGUUUGCCGAUUUUCGGGGAUCAAUAUACGAACUUGCAAGUUUAUGAAAAACGUAAAAUUGCAGUUGUAUUGAAGCAUGAAGAUAUAACUGUUGAGUCAUUGACUAAAGCUGUUACUACUGUUCUCAAUGAUCCGACUUAUAGAGAUAAUAUAAAACGGCUGUCAAAAUUAUUCCUCGACCGACCAAUGAGUGCACUAGACACGGCUAUUUUCUGGGUCGAAUACACAGCGAGACACGGAAAUAUUCUCAAAUCACCGGCGACCAAACUGUCAUGGUGGCAGUAUUAUUUGAUCGAUGUAUAUGGAUUCAUAUUAUUGUGUAUAGCUGUUGUGCUUUAUAUCACGAAACACCUUAUAAAGUUACUAUACAGAUUAAUUUGUUCAAGAAAAUCAUCGCAAAACAAGACACCGGUCGCGAAAUCAAAAAAAAAUAAAUAAACGCUCUAUUUAAUCAAUUUUUUUUUGAUUCGCUGUUUUUGAGAUUCAAAAAAAAAUAUCGAAGUAAACCACCGAAGAUUACUCUACUCGAUGUAAACAAAAAAUGGCGUACAAAAAAUUUGUAGAUAAGAAUGUUAUAGAAAAUUUUUUAAAAACCGAAAUUAAAUGUUUACGAUCUCUUUAUGAAAAAUAUUUAUAUAUUUAUAAUGAAUUAAUAAUUUUGGCACGCAAUUAAUAAACUUAUAUUGGUGCUCUAGUGAGUAAAUUUAAAUUAAAUGUUAGUCAGUAAAAAAAUAAAAUUUUUUAAAAUUUUGCUUGUAUCAAUUUUUUAAAUUAAUAAAACUUUUUUUUAUCGAUAUAGUUCAUUAUAUUUACCGUCGACCAUUUUGCCCCGGGACACAAAAUUCAAUCAAGCACAUACAGCAAACAGAAAGUAAAUUACAGCAAAGUAAUAAUAGAUCGCACACUAAUUAGCGAUAUUGUAUAUUGAAACCCAUAGGUUGGUAGUAAUUAAUUCCCAAUCGCGUUGCGUUUCGUUGCGCGAAACAAAUUAAUGGAUUCCGGAAAUAAACAUAUUUGGAAAUUAACUUAAUCUGUUUUACUCAAAUUCACGUUUAUGAGCAUAUUCAGUGUAAUAAUUAAAUCUUUUGUUUACUUACUUACUUGCUCUACAGUAAUCGAUUUAAAUUAACAGGGGAAGGGGGCGGGGGCGAGGUAAAAUGGACCUAGUAAAUUUUUUAAAUUAAAAUCGUAAAAUGGAUCGACAAUUGAUAGUUUUUUCUUAAAUAUAAAAUUUUAGGGAGAGGGGCAAAAUGGGCAACUCAAAAUUUUAAUUUAAAAAAUUGGUAAAAAAAAAAAUAGAAAUUUUGUAUUUUUUCAAAUUUUUCAUUCGCUUUGACUUAAAAAAAAUAUGGGGGUAAUUUUGCCCACGUAUUUUAAAAAUUCAAAAAUAAAAAAAAUAUGGAAAACUGUAAAUUUUUUAAUGAAAAUGAAAACUAUUUU